AUGACUUCUCUAGAGAUCAGAGAUCACGACAUUCCCGACCUUACCGGGAAAGUUGUUGUCAUCACAGGCGCAGCGUCAGGCAUUGGUCUAGCAGCUUCACAUAUCUUUGCCGCCCGAAAUGCGACGGUUCACGCUCUCGACAUUACACUACCACAUAAAUCAGACCCAGGGAGCUCAUCAAAUGUCAAACAUGAUAUAUGCGACGUCACCUCCUGGUCAGAUUUAUCUACGAAAUUCAAAGAUAUUGGCCACAUCGACAUCGCCGUUGCCAACGCUGGUGUCAGCCAGGGAUUUGAUAUCACCGCUGAUACGUUCUCCGAGUCGGGCGAGCUGUUGGAACCCGAUUACAAAGUGCUUGACGUCAACUUGCGAUCCGUUGUCAAUUUCAUCAAGCUAGCGCUCUCAGCAUUUCGCAAGCAAGGUAAAGGGGGCAGAAUUGUCAUCACCUCAAGCGCAACGGCUUAUAGCCCGGAGCAUAGUCUCCCGGUAUACUCGGCCACCAAGCUCGGACUCAUCGGCCUAGUGAGAGCUCUAAGAAGUACGAUACCGCACUCUCACGGGGCCACCAUCAAUGCAGUAGCCCCGGCGGCGACAAUUUCGAGGUUACUACCGAAAGAUCUCGCCAAGCCCAUUAUGGAGGCUGGAGCACCGGUAUCCAAUGCGCACCAUGCGGGCUUGGCCAUAGCAUAUUCGGCCACCGCCAAGCAAGCUCGUCAAGUAGAGGGGUAUGGAAAGGACACGGACGAGAUGAUAUCCAGUAAAGGGCCGUGGAACGGUCGCGUCAUCCUGACCCUGGGAGAUACGUAUACGGAGUUGGAGGAACCUAUCGCCUCCUUGAGAACGAAGUGGUUGGGGCCGUAUGCCACAGAGAUGACAGCCUUUCAACAGACGCUGACUGAUACUCGGGGCAUCGCGUAG